GUGAAGCAUUAAUGCUUCUCUGCAGCACCUCAUUAACGAUAUCGUCUUCCACCCACACUGGAGGUAGGUCUCCACAUUAAUGCGCCUCCUCAUCUGCCCGCCGGUGGUGUCAGUUGCACUAACACCACCAUGCCAACCCGUGUCCCUUCGAUUCUUUUUUAUAAGACCCAGUAUUCAAUCUCCCUUCUCUCCAUAUCCCAAACCGCCACCGCCACCGAUCUCUUCGUGGCCUCUCUCCGACCACCACCCCGUAGCUAAGAAAGUGAGAAAAAAGGAAGUUUAGGAAGAAAGAAGAGAGAAUCGAGAAAGAGAAUGGGCACCCUUCUUCCUCUGCACCUCCCCGCCGGCACCACUAACGUGCUCCUUCACCCCUACCUCCUCCCCACCGCCGCCGUCCUCCUGGCCACCCUCUUCCUCCUCCGCCGUCUUCUCUUCCCGCGCCCCAACCUCCCUCCCGGCCCACCUGGCGUGCCCAUUUUCGGCAACCUCCUCCAGAUCCAACCCACAGACAAUGCCUACAAGGACUUCAUCCGCCGCGUCCGCGCCGAGUAUGGGCCCAUCUUCACCAUCCGCCUCGGCAACCGCACCACCGUCGUCGUCUCCAGCGCCGAGCUCGCCCACGAGGCGCUCAUCCAGAAGGGGCCCGCCUGCUCCAGCCGCCCCCGCGACAGCCUAGCCAAGAAGCUCUUCAGCUGCAACAAGUUCACCGUCAACUCCGCCACCUACGGUCCCAUCUGGCGGGCCCUCCGGCGGAACAUGGUCUCCGAGAUGCUCGCCCCGAGCCGGACACGGGAGUUCAAAUCGACUCGGAUGCGCGCCAUGGACCGUCUCGUCGCAAGGCUCCGGAGCGAAGCGGAUCAGAAUGACGGAGCCGUUUUGGUCCUGAAGAACGCACGGUUCGCCGUGUUCUCGAUCCUGCUCUACAUGUGCUUCGGGGUCGAGAUGGAGGAGGAGGAGGUGUUCCGAGUCGAGGAACUCCUGAAACGAGUCAUUUUCGUGACCGAACCGAGACCCGACGACUUCGUGCCGCUUUUGAGGCCGUUUUUCAGGAAGCAGCAGAGAGAGGCCGAGUCGGUGAGAAGGGCGCAGCUGGAGAUGCUGCUCCCCAUCAUCAACAAGCGGCGGGAGUUCUUGAAAAAGGCCGGAAAGGGCGUCAGUCCGACGGCCUACGUCGACACCUUGUUUGAUCUGACGGUCGAGGGCCGGCCGGGUUCGAGGACCGACGACGAACUCGUCACGCUCUGCGCCGAGUUCCUCAACGGUGGCACCGACACCACUGCCUGCGGCCUCGAGUGGGCCAUCGCCCGGCUCAUCAUGGACCCCGCCGCGCAGGACCGUCUCGCCGCCGAGGUCCAGUCAGUCACCGGCGGCCGCCCGGUCGAGGACGCCGACGUCGAGCGGCUCGAGUACGUCAACGCCUUCGUCAAGGAGUUGCUCCGGCGGCACCCGCCGGUGCACUUCACCGUCACCCACAUGGUCUCUGAGCCGAUGAAGCUCGCCGGGUACGACAUCCCGGUUGGGACCGCCAUUGACUUCUACACGGCGGCCAUAGCCGAGGACCCGGUCGUCUGGGAUUCCCCGGAGAAGUUCAUGCCCGAGAGGUUCAUGGGAGGUGGCAACGACGUCGACAUGACAGGAGUGAGGAACAUCAAGAUGAUGCCUUUCGGCGUCGGCCGGAGGAUAUGCCCGGGGCUGGCCAUGGGCACCCUGCACAUGAACCUGUUGCUUGCCAGGAUGGUCCAAGAGUUUGAGUGGGCUCAGUGCCCGGGCUCGGAACAGGUAGACCUGGGCGAGAAGUACGCGUUCACUGUAAUCAUGAAAGAGCCACUCAAGGCUGUGAUCAGGCCCAGAGUGGCUUGAGUAAAUGGGGAGGUGCCGUGCAAAUGAGAGGCCUUCUCUCUGGCUGCUGCAUUAACUCUACGACUAGAGCUAGGUAGCUAGCUAGAUGGUGCUCGUUGGUGUGGUGCUGAUUUGCUGGUGUUGCUAUUUAUUGUUGCUGUCUUUUGUUGGAGCCGGUAGUUGGAAUUUUUGAAGUGUUAUAGGUGUGGUAUUUCGUGUUUUUUUUCCUUUUACAAGGGAAAGGGUAAUGUUGGUGAACACCAACUUGUUAUAGUUCUUUUAAUAUAUCAAAUACAUAGGCUUUAAUCUAAUAAAGCACGCUUGGUCACUGUUUUCUCA